AUGUCGACGGCACCCGAGGCGCCGAUGGAUGACCUCUUUGACCUUAGCGGCGGAGAGAACGAAGGCGGCAGGGGCAACGGGUCCGAGUUCGACUUUACAGACAUCACCUUCGGUCUCGAUCCGGCUGUGGACUCGCAGAGCCAACCAACGGCGGACGUGGCGCCGCAGCCCGGGAUGGGUACGACGUCUGGUCUGCCCGCAACGGCCGAAAUGUCCACCCUGGAUGGCCUGCUACCAGUUGCAGCUCCUGUGCAGUCAGCGGCCACUACCGCCAGCACGGCCGUGACAACUACAGAACCGCCAAAAAUUGAAGGCGACCGGAAGGCGGGCGACCCGCAGUCGACCGCUGCCGUGGACAACGACAUAUUCGAUCUGGAUGGCAUUGGUGGCAACAUGGACCUUGAUAUGAACCUUGGCAAUAAUGGGGACGGCAGCAGCUUCGACGAUAUGUUUUAUGGCGGCGACAACAUGGACGAUGUGCAGUUCGACGAUGCUUUCUUUGGUUUAUCGAAUUAG